AUGGAAGAAGAUGACAAAAAACCUCUUUUUCAAUUCUUCAAAUCAAAGAAAGAUUCUGAGACAGAACAAAAUCUGGUUGCUAAUGAAGAGAAACAAGACAAAAGUAUUAGUUCAAAAAUUGGUACUUUUAUAUCAACAUUUACUUCAAGUAAACCUUCAUCACACAAAACUACAAAAUCAAAAUCAAAAGAACCUGAACAAACAUAUCAACCUGCUUAUCCAAGAGAAUAUGACCUUCUUACAUCAGGACAAUUUCAAUCUGAAUCAGCUGUUCCUAAAGAUACUAGAUAUAUGAAUGAAGGUACAACAGAAACAACCGACACAAUGGGAAGUGUUAGUAGUUUCUCAACUACAUUAGAAUUUAAUAGAAAUACUGUUUUACCAGAAGAAAUGGCAGAAAAUCAAGAAUUUUUUAUGGGAAGAAAUACCAAAACACCAGAACGAUAUAUGACAAUUCGAAAUCAAAUUAUUGAUAUGUGGAAUGAAACAAAACCAAAUUAUCUUUCUAAAACACAAGUUAGACUCAAAAUGAAAGAUUGUGGGGAUGUUAAUGCUAUUGGAAGAAUUCAUAAUUUUUUAGAAAAAGCAGGAUGGAUUAAUAGUGGACCAGUUGUUGGAAAAUAUAUUCGAUCAAAAAAUAGAAUUCAAAAGAAAAGUAGUAAUGCUAAUACAUUUCAUCAUAGUGAAGGAAUAAGAAGUUCAAGUACAUCAGUAAUUAAUGAAAAUGAACAAUGUGGAAGUUUAAAAUUUAGUGAAGAAAUGGUUAGUUUUGAUGAGAGUCAUAUUAUUAUGGAAAAUUCAUUACUAUUAAUAAUGGAUUUACACUCAAGAUUAAUUAAUCAUUCUUUUGGAUUAUUAUUAGGACAACAAAUUACUCCAUUAUUAUAUGUCUUUGAUGGAAUAUUUCCAUUAAAUGUAGGAAUUGUUCAAUUACCACCACUAGAAAAAGUAAUUGGUAUUUAUCAUUCAAAUAAUGAUAUUUUACCAACUGAAUUUUCUACUUAUUAUCCUUAUUGGAGAUUUGAAAUUAUUUACAUGAGUCAUAAUAAUUCAUUCCAUUUCUUUAAUAGAACUAAAGGUGGAUUAGAAGUAAAGACUAUUGAAAUUAUUAAAAAAGAAACUGCAAAAAUUGAUUUAGAAAGAAGUCCUUAUGUUUCAUUAAUUAUGAAUUCAUAUGUUUUAUCUCAUUUAAAUGGAGAAUGA